CAACGCUAAGAGAAGGCGACUCACAGGGGCAACCCAGCAGCUGAACCCAGGGGCUUUCAGAGUGCAUGUGAGCUUCCUCUCUUUCACCUCGGGUUGGGAUUUCUCUUUCAUGUUGACAAAUUCAUCGACAACAAUUUCAGGCACUAGAUAUUCCGCGGACAUGAUCUAUCUACUUCUCAUGCUGUUAUUCUAAUCAAGCACAUUUAAUUAUCCUCAUCACGUAAUUGUCUGACAAUUGAGUCGAAUACCUCUCCGAGACGCCCGGUGACAUCCAUCCAAUUGUUUGCUUCUCAUCAGUCGAAACGUGCUCGAGUAGAUCACAAUCUCGUGGGCGAACAGUAUAUACUACGACGUAGUCAAGUACAGAUCCCAUAACCGUAGAGAUCAGAAUGCCGUACCCGCCGGAAGAAAUCAACCUUGUCACACUCAACUGCUGGGGCCUCAAGUACAUCUCCAAGCUUCGCAGACAACGUCUGACCGAGAUCGGCCGUCAACUUGCCACAGCUAGCCCCCAGCCGGACAUCGUCGCCCUGCAGGAAUGUUUCACUGAAGAGGACUACAAGAGCAUCCGCUACAAAACCAAAUCCAUCCUCCCCCAUGGCAAAUUCUACCACAGUGCUGCCUUCGGUGGCGGUUUAGCCAUCCUCUCGCGCUGGCCCAUCGAGGAGAGCACCAUGCAUCGUUACCCCUUGAAUGGCCGUCCCACCGCCUUCUGGCGUGGCGACUGGUACGUCGGAAAGGGCAUCGCCUGCGCAAAGAUCCGCUACGGCCCGGCGGCGAAGCAGGUCGUGGAGGUCUUCAACACUCACACCCACGCCCCCUACGAGGGUGGGAAGCCGGAUGAUUCGUAUCUCUGCCACCGCACUGCCCAGUCGUGGGAGAUGGCCAAGUUGCUGCGGGGCGCUGCUGAGCGCGGCCAUCUCGUGCUUGCUAUGGGCGACUUCAACAUGGUCCCCAUGUCACCCGAGUACCAGCUCAUCACCGGCCUGGCUCCAGUCAACGAUGUCUGGCGCACCCUCCACCCGGAUAGCUCGUUGGGGCCGUCCCACCACCCUGCAGAGGAGGCUCGCCGCCGCCCUGUCCCUACUGCCGAGUUCAACAUCCUGGAGAACGGAGCUACUUCGGACGGCCCGUACAACACCUGGCGGUGGACCAAGGCGCAGCAGAAGCUACUAGGGUCAGGCAGGCGUCCAGUGACGGUGUCCCCCGACACACCUGACCCACUCGGCAAGAGGCUAGACUACAUCUUUGCCAGCUCUGGGGACGCCACCGCCCUAGGCGGCACCUGGAGUGUCGAGCGAGCGAGCGUGGGCAUGAUGAUGCGGCAUCCCGACCUGGGCUGCUCUCUCAGCGACCACUUCUCCGUCGAAGCCACCCUCUCCUUCCAGCCACUCCCACCGUCCCCGCCCUUCCAUCCACCACCAGCACCACCCUCCCCCACCUCCAACCCAGCCUCCAUACACGAACCCUCCCCCACAACAGCAGUACCCAACGCCCCCGAAGCACCACCCUCCGAACCCACCCCACCAACAACCACAACACCACCACCACCAGGACCACCACCAGGACCACCACCAGGACCACCACCCGCACAACCACAACCAUCCCACCGAAUCUCCAAAACCGAAUCCGCCCUCCACAACGGCACCUACCUCCAACUGCAAACCCCCACCCCCAGCCAGCGCACCUCCACCGACCAACCGCCGCCCCCCAUCGCCCAACUCCCCCUCGCCACCUACGACGCCAUCCUCGAUGUCAUCGCGACCUACGCCGCGCGCGAGGAGCGGCAGCGCGCCUGGCGCGCGCGGCACUUCUUCCUCUCUGUUCUCAUCGGCGUGGGGUGUAUGGUCGGGGUGUGGUUUGCUCCGGCAAAUUAUGUGAGGUUUGUGUUGGUGGUGGUGAGCAGUGUGGGGCUGGUGGCGGGGACGGUGGAUGGGUUGAUGGCGUUGUUGUUUUUUGGGGGGGAGUUGAAUGCGCUGAGGGAGUUUGAGUGGGAGGUGGGGAACGCGAGGCGGGUUGCGGGUUUGCAGAGGGGUGGUGGUGGUGGUGGUGGUGGUGGUGGGAAUAGGGGAGGGGAUGGGGGAGUUGCUGGGGAGAGGGUGUGGUGA